AUGCAAAUGUCGUAUGGUGUGCGCGUCACUGGGCCCACAAAGCUGGCCGGCAAGUACGAGCGCUCCGGGGCGCUGAACGGCAUGCCGCUCUACAUAGGAGAAAACGGCCAGCGCAUUUGGUUCGACCAAGGCCUGGAGAGGUGGUGCCUGUCCGAGUCGGAGGAGUGGCAGUUCACUGCCCAGGCGGUGCCUGGAGUCCAGGAGCCCCCGCGGGCCGGCUGGGAGGCGCCCGACGAGUCCUGGGGCGUGGUGCCCCCCGACGCCUUCCAAAAGGCGGCCUUGUCGGUGUCGCCGGCGCCCAGCUGUUCCAAGGGCCAUCAGCUGCGGCCAGAUGUGCGCACCGGGCACAGCUGCGAUCUUUGCCGAGUGUCCGGCACCGCCUUCCGCUGCCCCGACAGCGGCUGCGACUACGAUCUGUGCGCCCCCUGCCACGCCAAGACGCUGGAGGAGCUGAGCUCAGAGGCGCGGCCCAUCCCGGAGGAUCAGCUGGCGGAGCUGCUGGCGAAGCUGCGGGGCAAGGACUCCGCUGGCAACGAUGUGGUGUACCGUCGCUUCAAGGGCGCUUCUCUGCAGGAGGAGUGGGCCAAGAUGGGCAAGAGCAUGGGCACCGCAGAGGACUUUUGGACGGGUUGCGUCGCGAAGCUUGCGAGCUCCAUGCAGGAGGCAGCCGGCUUCAGUCACGGCGUCCUGCUGGAGACGGAGCACCCCUACAGCGCCAAGCGCUUCUCAUGGCGCAAAGUGGUGCAGCUGAAGACGGAUGCCCUCGAGGUCUUCUUCCACUCCAGGACAGGGCUCGCUUUCUAA